AUGACAGCAUUGCCUUGUUGGAGUUCAAGAACAGCUUUUGAUAUAGCCAAGUUUGCUUCUGCAAAUCCUUUUGCGUAUCCCAAAGUUUCAUCCUGGAGACUAGAAGAGAAUAGAGAUUGCUGCUCAUGGGAUGGUGUGGAGUGUGAUACUGACACCGGUCGUGUAGUUGCUCUAGACCUUAGCAGCAGUUUUCUUCGUGGUUCAAUGAACUCCACCAGCACCCUCUUCAACCUUUCUCAACUUCAAAGGCUUAACCUUGCUGAUAAUAAUUUCAACUUCUCCCAGAUCCCUUCUGCAAUGAAUCAUCUUUCAAGGUUAACAUAUCUCAACCUUUCUGCUUCAUAUUUUUAUUGUCAAGUUCCAUUUGAGAUCUCACAACCAUCUAAUCUGUCUUUCCUCGAUCUGUCUUGUAAUGACUUGGUAUUGAAGAGUCCUAAUUUGAGUAGCUUGGUUAGAAAUAUAAGUAACCUGAAAGAACUUCAUCUUAGCUAUGUUGACAUAUCCUCCGGUGUGCCUAGCUUUUUGGCAAAUUUCUCAUCAUUAACAUCCUUACUUCUAGAUGGUUGCAGCUUGCACUGUGAGUUCCCAAAUGGAAUUUUUCUACUUCCAAACCUACAAGUCCUUGAUUUGCAGACCAACCCUCAUCUUAUGGGUUAUCUACCUGAAUUUCAAUCUAACAGUUCUUUUGAGGUACUGCUACUUCACAACACAAUUUUUUCCGGGAAAAUACCCUCUUCCAUCGAAACCCUUCAUUUCCUGGUUCAGUUAGAUUUUGGAGCAUGUAGGCUUUCAGGGUUGGUUCCAUCUUCGCUUGUUUGGCUUGGAACACUAACCCAAUUAACUGAUAUUGGACUUUAUUCAAAUAACUUGCAUGGCCAUAUCCCAUCAUCCCUUGGCAAACUAACUAGGCUUACCGAUUUGAACCUCGCAGCAAACAAUUUUAAGGGUCAAAUCCCUUCUUUUCUUCAAAACCUAACCCAACUCUCUGUGUUAUGGAUUGGUGACAAUCAAUUCACUGGUGAAAUUCCAUCUUGGUUGGAAAUCUUUACCCUUUUAACUCAUUUAAAUCUUGGAAUGAAUAAACUGCAUGGUCUUAUCCCAUCUUCCCUUGGUAGACUAACUAGCCUCACUUAUUUGGACCUUCAAAUGAACAAUUUGAAAGGUCAAAUCCCCUGUUUUCUUCGAAACCUCACAAACAUUGAACUCCUUAAUCUUUGUUGCAAUGAAUUAAGCAGCACAUUAUACUUUGACAUGUUUCUUGGCUUGAAAAAGCUAGAUUCACUUCUUUUAGGGGGUAACAAGUUAUCCAAAUCUGUUCAAACUAGCAAAAUGAACGCAGCUGCUUCAAGGUUACGAAGUGUAGGCUUGCGUUCAUGCAAUUUAACCAAAUUCGCUGAUUUUUUUAGGUAUCAAGAUAGAUUACGAUCGUUGUACUUGAAUGGAAACAAGAUACAUGGUCGAAUACCCAAAUGGAUAUGGAACAUAAGCACCGAGACUUUGGCCUAUCUGGAAAUUUCUGACAAUUCCUUGACAGGCUUUGAACAACCUCCAGUUUUUAUUGCUUGA